AUCCAUGCGAUGGCAAGAGGCAAUUCGUGGCGAUGUUGAGGCGGUGGCGGUGUGCGCAUCGAGAACACGCUUCACGGUCCGGACUAGUACUCCGUCCAUCAUGAACAAAACCGCAACCUAUCCCACAUGCAUGCAUGCAUAUAUGCACGAGCAUGGCAGCCCAAUUUGCUUCCUUGGGAUUUGUCUGCGUCUGCGUAUGCAGCGCGCGCAUGUUUACAUGUGUGGCAUCGGAAUCCCUGCCUUGCAGCCUGCAGCCGGAAAGUUGACCUAUCAAGCGCAAUGCAGGGCACUUUGGGCUGUGAAAUUCCAAUACCAUCUCCCUUUCGGCUCUUUUGCUCCACACAGGAGACGCUUACACGGCAGCUGGAGCGGUACCCCUUCCAAUCCUCAGAUAUGCGCCACAGCGGCAAAACAUUGUCUGAUGUCGCCGCUAUGUGCUGGCAUCUGUCUCCGUCAUCGCGAUGCAACCGGUCUGGUUUUGCUCGAGGUCAUUUGGCGACGAGUACCCCGGCUGUACUAGAUUCGGUUGGCUCACGACAGUUCCUCCAAUGUACUGGUCCACAUCUCAGAUUUGAAACCAGCAAUACCGCCCGGGCCCGGGACAAGCAUGUUUUGGCUUGCUCUCUAAUUCAUAUUGCUGGCCAAAUUGCUACGGAGUUUUCUCUAUAUCGGAACAUGUCAGAGAAUGGCAAGUGGGAGCUCGGAGGGCCGGUACAAGAGAACAAAACCUGUGUGUUUUUGCGCUCGAAAGAAAUUCAUUCGAGAUAAACUUGAUGGAGAUUCAACUUAACAUUGUAUCUCAAGGUCAGCAGGUCGCAGAAGCGCCUGAGACGCCCAAGUUCGGUGGCAGAGCCGUUUCCCAAAUCACAAGUCGACACGCAGGUACUCC